AUGACUAAUGCACUAGUUGAUGAUAUCUAUGAUGGAUAUAAUGAUUAUCCAUCAAUAUAUAGUAUUAAAGAUCUUGAACAAGAUGAAUUGUUUCAAGAAGCUCUCAGUACAAGUUAUGCAAAAAGAUCAAUUUUCACACCAAGAGUGCCAGGAAGUGCUAUGCGUUUAGGUACUUCAACUGGAUUUCAUAGAAGUGGUACUGGUGUACCUAUGCGUCCCACUACUAGUGGACUUAGACCAAUGACUGCAGUCAGAGGUGCUGGUUACACUAGUAGCAGCCGACAACCAUUUGACCCAUUGAAUAUGAGUAGUUCUACUAAGGGGCCUGCACCACCUUUAGAAAGUGGAAAGGAAGACACGCCUGAAGAAAAAAUUAAAGUGGCUGAAAAAAGAAUUAUGGAAUUAAUAGAAAGUUCAGUAGAAGCAUCACAUGAAAAUAAUAUGAGAUUACAAGAACAAGCUGGGCUAAGUGAUAGUCAUAAUGUAGAUUUAACAUUUGCUGUCAUUUUUAAUUUGGCAACUCAAUACACUAACAAUAAUAUGUUUACUGAAGCUAUAGCAACUUAUCAAGCUAUAACAAGAAAUAGAAUGUUUAGUAAUAGUGCUAGAUUAAAAGUGAACAUGGGAAAUGUAUAUGUUAAAAUGGGACAGUUGUCUCAAGCAAUUAAGAUGUAUAGAAUGGCAUUUGACCAAGCUCCAACAGCUCAUAAAGAUUUAAGAAUAAAAAUAAUGCAUAACAUUGGAAUGUUAUUUGUGCAAAUGGGUCGUUUGGAAGAAGCAGCUAAUAGUUUUGAAUGGGUCAUGAAAGAAAGAGCUGAAUUUAAAGCAGGCUUGCAUGCAGUAUUAUGCCAUUUUGCAUUGUCUCAUAGAGAUAAAAUGAAAAGAGCAUUUUUAGAGUUAUUAGAGGUUCAACUUAACAUAGAUCAGGAGGACAGAUAUAAUAUAAGUACAGAUGAUGUUGCUUCUAACAUAUUGAAUGAGAUUUUAAAAAACGAUGAUUUAUCUAUGUUAGAAAAAGAAUUGAAAUCAGAAGCUGAAAGAACUAUCCUUUGUGCUGCAAAACUCAUAGCACCUGUAAUUGAAGACACACUUACAGCUGGUUUUGCUUGGUGUGUGGAUACUAUAAAGUCUUCAGCCUACGGACCGUUAGUUGCCGAUUUGGAAAUAAGUAAAGCUAUGGUAUUUUUACACAAUCGAGAAACACAGUUAGCUAUCGAUACUUUAAAAAUGUUUGAAAAUCGAGAAAGUAAAGCUAAUAGUUCCGCUGCGACCAUGCUAUCAUUUGUUUAUUUUCUUCAAGGAGAUUAUGAUCAAGCGGAGAGAUGCGGAGAAGUCGCUCGAAAUGCAGAUACUUACAAUGCAGCAGCUUAUGUUAACUUGUCAGCGUGUGCGAUCAGAAAGGGUGAACUAAAUAUUGCUAAAGAGCUUCUUUUAUGUGCAUUAGAUACAGACGCUAGUCACGUUCAAGCCCUUUAUAACUUAGGAUUAGUGUAUAAGAAACAAAGCAUGUACGAAGAAGCAUUGGAAUGCUUUUGGAAAGUUCGUAAUAUCGUUAGACACGAUCCACAAACAUUGUAUCAAAUUGGCCAUUUGUAUCAACUUAUGAACGACGUAGAUCAAGCAGCAGAAUGGUACAAUCAGCUGCUUGGUAUAAUACCGUGUGACCCUGGAGUUUUGCAAAAACUAGGUUUAUCCUAUUGUACAAUGUUAUUAAAAUUCAUGUCGAUACAGUCUUAUAGAUUCUUUCCCGCAAACUUUGAGGUAAUCGAUUGGCUCGGAUCAUAUUUUGUGUCCAUGCAAAUUGCCGAGAAAUCACUAAUUUAUUUCAAAAAAGCAGUGGAACUUGCUCCCGAUGAGCCAAGAUGGAGACUACUUGUGGCUGCAUGUUUAAGAAGAACUGGCCAAUUUCAUAAAGCUCUUGAGGAGUAUCAAGACAUUCACAAUAAAUUUCCUGAGAACAUUGAGUGCCUUAAAUUUUUAGUUCGUUUAUGCAGCGAUCUCGGUUUAAAAGAAGCUCAGUUAUAUGCAACGGAAUUAAAACGCGCUGAGAAAGCGAAGGAACUGAAGGAUAGACAAGGAUCGGCAAGGCCAGGGUCAAGAAGGAGCAACAGUGGGGCAUCGUCACGAACUGGUUCCGGAAUGAGCGUACUAUCAGAUCAUAGAUCGAGUCCCACCUUUGGUAGAAAAGAAAAUCAAGGUUUGAGCAGUGCUGGCGUUGUACGAUCUAACCGAAUUUCUACAAGUGAAAAUAUCGCAGAAGUAACAAAUGAUACGAGUGAUCAGACAGGUACCCAUUACGUUGAUCCAAUUGGCCCGCUACCUACUCGCCCUAUGACGUCUGCUGGAAAGAGAGAUGACGAUUUCGGCGACGAAGAACUUGGCGACGAUCUGUUACCGGAGUAAUGUGAAUAUUUAUCACUUUUAUACUUUACUUUACUAUUUUACAAACGUAA